UAAACAAACACGUUGGAACGGCCAAAACUUGCAACUUCACUCACGAUUCACUAGACUGUAGUGUAAAUAACGAAAUAGUUUUCUCCAUACUAGUAAAUUAGUGAAUAAAAAUGCCUGUAAGGACUUCCAGUGAUGAGGGUGUUGGCUUACCAAGUACAGUAGAAAUCGGAGCUCGUUUCAUUAGCGAAGACAGUUUUGGAACCUUGCGAUACGUUGGUGAAGUUCCGCCCACGAAAGGAAUUUGGCUGGGCGUGGAAUGGGACAAUCCAGAGCGGGGUAAACAUGAUGGCUCCAACAAUGGUGUGCAAUACUUCAAAGUCAGUUCACCCACGGGUGGGUCCUUCAUCCGUCCCAAGAAAGCAGACUUUGGCGUGGACUUCCUCUCGGCACUGCGUGACCGGUACGUCCCUGACAACGCCCACACAGCGGACAUUGACGAGAAGGAAUUAUUCAUCCGCGGAGCCAACAACCAAAUCACUAUGGUGGAGAUGGUUGGUGCUGUGAAGGUUGCUAAGGAACAAAGUACCUUUGCAUCCUUGAGAGAUGUCGUCUUGCGAGACAUGAGAAUAAACCAAGUCGGAACCACACAGCUGGAACAGGAAACACCAGGUAUAAAGGAGCUUUAUUUGUCCAAGAACCUGCUGCCAUCUUGGCAAGCUGUGUCUGAACUGACCGGUCAGCUCAAGCAGUUGAAAAGACUUUCACUGAGUGAGAACAGGCUGCAGAUUCCACCCACUCCCUCCAGUCUAGCCAGCUGUUUCUCACGUCUUCAGGAGCUGUCAAUCAAUUACAUGAAUCUCACAUGGGCUAUGGUGGCUGAGUGUGCACCUAUGUGGCCUAGUCUACAGAAACUCCAUGUGUGCUUCAACCAAAUAUCAAGCAUAGACAGAUUAGCUCCGGGGACAUUUGAGACGUUACAAUUACUAAACCUAGAAGGCAACCAAAUAUCUGAGUGGCAACACAUUAUGUGUCUUUCACAUCUACCGAGGUUGGAUACCCUUAUCCUCAAUUCCAAUUCCCUGACAAGCUUGAUGUUUGAAGACACCCCUGCCUCUGACAAGACCCAGCACUUCGCCAGUCUCAGGUCCCUAUCAGUCAGUGACAAUUUGCUCAGUAGCUGGCGAGAUAUUGCCGAGCUGGAGAAGCUAGCCUCUCUGACAGAGCUUAAAGUCAGGAGGAACCCCUUCAUGAAGGACAUACUGCCAGUGGAUGUCAGAUCCUUACUGAUAGCCAGGCUAGGAGGGCUCAAGACCUGCAACGGCAGCAUAAUUAUGGCAACUGAGAGAAAAGGCUCAGAGAUUGAAUACAUCAACAAAACUUGCAAAGAGUGGCUGGCUAGUGGGGGCAGCAGGGACAGUGAGAAGAGUGAUCCGAGUCUAGAAUUCCUCCAACUCCAUCCCAGAUAUCAACAGCUUAUCAAAAAGUAUGGAAUACCAGAGGAGUCGGAGUUGGUUGUCAAGACCCACACUUUGAAGGACGGCCUGAUUGCGGUCACCAUCAGAUGUCCAGACGAUCCUAAUAAGAGAGUACUGACCAAGAAACUCCCAGGAACGAUGGAGUUGCAGAAGUUGAAGAGUCUGAUUCACAAACUGCUCAAAGUAGACGUCAGUGACCAGAGACUGACAUAUACAAGCCAGAAGGUCCCUGGCCAGGAGAUGGAGUUGGACAAUGACAUGCGGGAGUUGUCUUACUUUGCCAUCGAGAGCGGCGACACGAUACUGGUCAGAUGGUGACACCCAUGGCAAUGUGAUCAUUAACUGUUUUGAAUACAAUUGCAGAAAAUUCAGUGUAAUAUUCAGCUAGUAAAUAAAGGUACUUCCAUGGAAGUUCCACGAAUGUAUUCGUCUAGGAAUUCUUUGUCUUUAAUCAAAACUGCAGUGUCCAUUUUGUGGCUGUAGCUAGGAAAGACUUCAUUUGUCACAAUCGUUGUCAUCGUCAGGUUUUUGCAAUUUACCAUUUUGCAUGGAGCUGCCUCAUAAGAGCAAAUUAGUGAGACUACUUUGGCAACACAAAGUCUUUUGCAUUGUUGCCGUGUUGAUUGCAGAUAUGCCAAAAUCCUUUCACGUUUGUUGCAAACUGCCCACGUAAUCAUUUAAAGAUUGUGUGGCGUCACAUUUUUUGUUGAACUUUAUCAAAACACUUAUAGCCAUUUGCAAGCAUGCAAACACACUUGGUUUUAACCCCUUAAGCACGGGGUGUAAUGGGGACAUUCCUCCACACAUAGAGCAAGUGGCCCGCAUGACUGCACAGCCUUUGUGUGGUAGCGGG